GUUCAUGGUGGUUCGAGCGUUGACGAGUGUUCUUCGUUGGUCUUUCACAAUCUCUUCUUUUCUCGAAAACUUACGGUUCUGACACGUCAAUCGAUAUAAUAACAAAAGAAAAACGUACAAUAAUAAAGAAAAAACACAAUGUUUGGUGCAGCACCAAUUGUGGUUCUCAGCCAGAAUACGAAGCGUGACACCGGCAGAAAAGUACAGAGAGAAAAUAUUCAAGCGGGCAAGGCAAUUGCCGAUGUCAUUAGAACAUGUCUGGGUCCACAAGCCAUGUUGAAGAUGUUGAUGGAUCCAAUGGGUGGUAUCGUAAUGACAAAUGAUGGAAAUGCGAUCCUGCGUGAGAUCACUGUGCAGCAUCCUGCUGGAAAGUCCAUGAUAGAAAUUGCCAGGACUCAGGAUGAAGAAGUAGGGGAUGGUACCACUUCGGUCAUCGUCUUGUCGGGUGAGAUCUUGGCUACUGCUGAACCAUUUUUGGAACAGAACAUGCACCCUACUGUAAUUAUAAGAGCCUAUCGUCUAGCCUUGGAAGAUAUGAUCACGAUUCUCAAAGAGCAAGUCAGUAUUAAUCUAGAUUGUAAUGACAGAAACAAACUGAUUCAAGUGAUAAAUGCCUGUAUAGGCACCAAAUUUAUAAGACGUUGGUCUGAAUUGGCCUGCCAAAUCGCUUUAGAUGCCGUUUAUACGGUAAUGUUUGAGGAGAAUGGCAGGAGAGAAAUUGACAUCAAACGUUAUGCAAAAGUAGAGAAGAUACCUGGUGGUACGAUAGAGGACAGUACUGUCCUGAAAGGUGUGAUGAUCAAUAAGGAUGUGACGCAUCCAAAAAUGAGACGUUAUAUUAAAGAUCCAAGAAUAGUACUGCUGGAUUGUCCAUUGGAAUAUAAAAAGGGCGAAUCUCAGACAAACAUAGAAAUAAUGAAGGAUAUUGAUUUUACAAAAAUCUUGGAAUUAGAAGAGGAGCAUGUGAAGAAAAUCUGUGAGGAUGUUAUUGCAGUGAAACCAGAUGUCGUGAUAACGGAAAAGGGCAUAUCGGAUCUGGCUCAGCAUUAUCUUGUGAAAGCCGGGAUAUCUGCGAUACGCAGGCUGCGAAAGAGUGACAUUAACAGAAUCGCUCGUGCCUGUGGUGCCACUAUCGUCAAUCGUACCGAGGAAUUGAAGGAAGAGGAUGUUGGUACAGGGGCUGGUCUUUUUGAAAUCAAGAAACUCGGGGACGAUUAUUUUUGUUUUAUCACGGAAUGCAAGGAUCCUAAAGCCUGUACGAUUAUUCUGAGAGGAGCUAGCAAAGAUAUCCUGAAUGAAACCGAGAGGAAUUUGCAGGAUGCCCUGCACGUUGCCAGAAAUCUUCUUAUCGAUCCAAAACUGGUACCAGGUGGUGGUGCAGUGGAAAUGGCGGUAUCUCGACUCUUAACAGAAAAGGCAGCGGGUCUCGCAGGUGUGGAACAAUGGCCAUACAAGGCGAUCGCACAAGCGUUAGAGAUUAUUCCUAGGACAUUGGCGCAGAAUUGCGGCGCGAAUACUAUCAGAACUCUGACUGCAUUGCGCGCUAAACACGCGACAGAAGGAAUGACUUGGGGCAUCGACGGUGAAACGGGUAAAUUGGUCGAUAUGAAAGAACGCGGCAUAUGGGAGCCGCUGUCUGUAAAAUUACAGACGUAUAAAACAGCUAUCGAGACUGCUAUUCUGUUGUUGAGAAUAGAUGACAUUGUUUCCGGCAGUAAAAAGAAGAAAAAUGAAAAUGAGCCCUCUCAGACGAGUCAAGUUACGGAAGAAUCUAUGAAAGAAUAAAUAUUUCGAUACCCAUUGAAGCCUAAUCGCUUUGUAUUUACUUUAAGAUUAAACUAUUUGCACUCUUA